AAAUCUUAUGACGUCGGGACGCAAUCUUUCAAAGACACUGAAGGAGACUCAGUUCCCUAACGAGUAGGCACUUGUAGAUCUUCUCCGGUGAUUGUUAAUGGAAAGCCUUGUCAGUGCGGCGUGAUUUACUUGUGUUAUAAAGUUUAGUGAAAUGAUAGCCGGUUAUACAACAUUUUUGAUUUUCGUACUCGGUUUUGUAAUCUGUGCAGGCGGAUUUCCUACCACCGUUGUUCAACUUAACGGUGAGACCGUUAUGGAAGCUACCUAUGGGGAUGAUGUAGUCAUCACGUGCAGGAGCAAUGAUGAUGAUCACAAUUUUUUGUACUGGAAUCUUCUCGAUAAAAACAUUAUUAUUAGUGCUACAAAUGAGUAUGAUAGGGGCAAGUUUAAAUUUGGAAUUUUGUCCGGGAAUUUAACGGUUAGGAGCGUGGAUAAGGACGAUGAAGGACUCUACAUAUGUGUUUCCAGUGGUAUUCGAAAGGAUGACUUCAACAUUCAACGAACGAGAUUAGUGGUACAGAAAGAAUGGGAAGAAGUCUACGAACAUGAUUCAUCUGUAAAUUUUUACAGGAUAAUCAUAGUGAUUGCGGUUUUGGCAAUUUUGGCAAUGGGGGCGUAUAUGUUGUACAGAAUGUGGAGGGACAGAUAUCAUUACCCUAAUUAUUUAGAGGAAGUGGAUGAAGAUGAUGAAGACAGCGGUGAAGAAAUUUAUAGAGCUGGUCCAUCGGGCACUUCCGGAUCGUCGUCGUCCAAAAAUGGAAAUAUAGUUAAAGAAAACGUACAAUUCGAAAAUCCCAACAUAAGUACGGAUUUCAGUAGUAUCUUGGACACAGUGAACAGUAAAUAAAAUGGGGUGGAAACAUUGGGGUGUAAUAUCCACGUAUACUAGAGUAUUAUCUUUUGUAUUUGAUAUUAGUACUGUACUAGAGUUUUGAUACAAUAUGUUCCUUAAAAAUGUAGUCUGAAACGCUUAGAAUUAUUUAUUAUUUUGUUUUAUUGCUAGAUUUAAUUAAAGAAAAUACUCAAUUUUCGUUAAUUAUUAAACUAAAUUAUUUUUGUUUUUAUAAAAAUAAAAUAUAUUUUCUAUAAUCA